AUGACUGACUCUAGCAACGUGUCGAAUCUACCAACCACGGACAUGGCUGAAUCGGCUCAGACCGAGGGGGAGAAGAGGGAAGAGAAUUCUGUGCCCAAGCAAGAGGAGUCGCGCCCCAACUUUCCAGAGGGUGGUCUCAGAGCUUGGAGUGUGGCGUUGGGCAAUGCUGGCGUCAUGUUCUGCACUUUAGGCUAUAUCAACUCCUGGGGUGUCUACCAGGCCUAUUAUGAAGCAAACCAGCUCCGCAGCGAAACCCCAUCGGCCAUUUCCUGGAUUGGCUCUCUCCAGACGUUCUCUAUCCUCAGCGCCUCUCUCGUUGGGGGGCCUAUGUUUGACCGAUACGGCGCAAAAGUCAUCUACCCCCCAGCCGUUGCAUUCGUGUUCACCAUAUUCAUGACGAGUCUGUGCAAGGAAUACUACCAGUUUAUGCUAGCCCAGGGCGUACUUGGCGGUGUCACUCAAGGCCUCACUAUGACGCCGGCCAUGGCAGCAACGCCGCAGUAUUUCUUCAAAAAGCGCGGUGUGGCAAUGGGCUUAGGAGUCGCCGGCGCUUCUGUUGGCGGCGUUAUACACCCUAUUGUAUUGAAUCAAUUGCUUACUCGAACUGACCUUGGCUUUGGAUGGUCCGUUCGCAUAGAAGCCUUUUUGAUUUCUGUGGUUCUGUUGAUUUCGUGCCCUGCGAUUCGGGCCCGCUUGCCACCGCGCAAGAGCAAGUUUCUUCUUCCAAAGGCGUUCAAGGAAGCAGGGUACACAUCGCUUAUCAUCGGCUCUGUCUCCACGUUCAUGGGGAUGUUCACUCCGCUUUUCUACCUUCCGUCUUACGGUAUCUCGAAGGGGAUGUCACCAACACUGGCAUUCUAUCUCAGCGCCAUUCUCAACGCCGCCUCUUUCCCAGGCCGUAUCGUGCCCGCAAUUCUCUCUGAUCGGUUCGGCAAGCUCAACGCCUUUGCCGCAGCCGGAGUAGCCACAGGUAUACUCACACUAUGUUGGCAGCGUGUGGAGGGCAAUGCCGGGGUUAUCGUCUUCACCGCGCUCUUUGGCUUUGUUUCGGGGGCGAUCAUAUCAGGUGGUACAGUCGCCCUGGCCAUGUGUGCCAAGGAUCCGAAAGAUAUAGGGACCUACAUGGGAAUGGGAAUGGCAUGGACCUCGCUUGGAAGUUUGAUAGGGCCACCUGUCAGUGGUCGCUUGGUGGACACUGAUAUGGGGUACACGGCAGUGGCAAUAUUCGCUGGUACGGCGUCUCUAGUUGGAGGCUUGUUCGUGCUGCUUAUUGUGAAGCCGUUGAGUGGGUUCAAGAUUCUGUCAUUAGGUUGA